AUGGCGACGCAACACAUGAAAGUUCGAACAGCGUUUCGUGCAUUGGAUCGCGAUAGCUCUGGAACACUGGAGAAGGAUGAGCUCCUCUCGCUGUUGGAAAAUUAUCAUAUUAAGCUGAGUGAAGCCGACAUGGACCGUUUAAUGGCUAUGAUUGACACUGAUGGCUCGGGGAAGAUUUCCUAUCGCGAAUUUAAUGACUACUUCGGCGCUGAUAUUGCUGUUGCGAGGCGCCUCGGUGGCAAGUACAAGUCUGCUUGUGCAGCGUUCCGUAACAUCGACAUGGAUAAGGGCGGUUGUCUCGACAAGAGUGAAUUACGAGAUUUCAUCAAAACCCUUAACGUCGAGCUUGUCGAAGAGGACUAUGAAAUGCUGUAUCGCGAACUUGACUGUGAUAACAGUGGCAGUAUCAACUACGAGGAAUUCCUU